CUCCUUAUAAUUCCCAGACUCUUGUGUUGUUUAUUGAAUCGCCCGUCAACGUCUCACAUUUCCGUCUCAUUUCUCAACUCUCUAUCAGCUCAGAAACUGCAACCCAUCUCAUCUCAACAACCCAGAUCGAUCCGCUCCCAUCCCAUUUCGCAAGUACAGAACUUUCACAAUUUCAUCCCACUAUAAUACCCAAAACCCAGAAUUCUCUCCCACAUCUAUGGCACCCCACAAAGCUGUGGCGCUGACCCACGUCCGGUACCAGAAGGGCGACCCAUUGGGACACUUCCUCGCCUGGGUUUCCCUCAUCCCAGUCUUCAUCUCCCUCGGCGGCUUCAUCUCCCACUUCAUCUUCCGCCGUGAGCUCCAAGGCAUGUUCUUCGCCAUCGGCCUCAUAAUCUCGCAGCUCAUCAACGAAGUCAUCAAGGAUUUGUUCCAGCAAGCUCGCCCCGCCACCUGUGACCUCCUCGAAAUGUGCGACUCCCAUGGAUGGCCUUCAAGUCACUCCCAGUACAUGUUCUUCUUCGCUGUUUACUUUACCCUUUUGACCCAGAAAGGAAUUGGGCUGUGGGAUACCAAGCACAAGUUUGCUGUGAAUUUCUUGCCGUGGUGCUUGGCUUUUCUGACUAUGCAUUCCAGGGUUUAUUUGGGGUAUCAUACUGUGGCUCAGGUUUUUGCUGGGGCUGCUUUGGGGAUUUUUCUUGCGGGUUUGUGGUUUUGGGUUGUGAAUUCUGUGUUGAUAUGUUACUUUCCGGCGAUUGAGGAGAGUGCGUUUGGGAGGUUUUUUUAUGUUAAGGAUACUUCUCAUAUACCCAAUGUGUUGAAGUUUGAGUACGACAAUGCGAGGAAAGCUAGGAUCGAAAAGGCUGCCAAGUCUAAUUGAUUGAUGAAGACUUAACUAGGUCAGUAGCUCAAGAUUUCCAGCCCAGUAUAGGAUGCUUAUUUGCAUGGAAUGAGACGAUUAAACAUCUAUCAUAUGGUUUGCAUAUCUUUAAGAAAACCCUUGUACCAAGAAAGCAGAAGCAAGUUGGACGGCAAUUGGAUUUAAUGAAUUGGAGAGAAUUGUUAUAGACAUACAGACCUAUAUAUGCGAUUAUAGAUUCAGGUCCUUCUAUACCUGUAUGUGGAAUCUCUGUUUUAUUUGUUUGCUAAUGACUUGGAGGACUUUAUUAUUAUUAUUUCCACACAUGAAAUGGAAGAAAUUGCAUGCAUAAA